UCUAAACUACUUUAAGCUGACAACGAUGAAUCCUAUAGGUCACCCGGCUGAUGCUGUUCCGUUACAGGGAAGGUAUGAUGGGCAGUUUGUCCAGCCUGGACAGCCUGGAGGAUCUACAGUGGUUCAGUACACCACUGUGAACAUGACCACUGAGCCCCCCAAGGACCACAUCAUCUGGUCUCUCUGCUGCUUUUUGUACUCAAACCCGUUCUGCCUCGGACUGGCAGCUCUCAUCUUUUCUAUCAAGGCCAGGGACCGGAAGGUGGUUGGAGAUCUGGAGGGUGCACGACACUACGGCUCAACUGCCCGCUGUCUCAACAUCUGGGCCACUGUCCUGGUUUCCAUCGCGAUCUCCAUUUGCAUUAUUAUACUGAUUGUCAGUGCUGUACAGGCAAAUCAAAUGUACAGCCACUACAAUACCAAUUACCAUUACAAUUACAGAGGUUAAAUUUCUAAAGUGUUAAAUGAGUAGCUUGCUGCUGUGGCUUGGUGAUCCUUGUGUUUCUCUACUUCAUGCUCAUGGCACUAUUUGUAACUUUUUAUACAUUUUUAGUAAUAUCCUCAAGCAAAACAGAUUCACAUUUUUAUUGGUGUUACAAAAGUCUUAAAAGGAACUCCUGCUCAAUUACAAUCAGACUUUUUACCCACUAGCUUCCUUAAAACAGUUUUGAGAAGCCUAAUCAAAGAACUAAGAGUCAAGCCAGAAUCUUGAACCUAUCUCGGACUCAGAUUUAAAUGUCAACAGUCGCAUCAUCUUUAUCUGCUUACUACCAUCUAAAAAUAUUGCUAGAAUCAGAGGAUGACUGUGCAAGCAAGACCUAGAAAAGCUUACCAAUGCCUUUAUUUCCAGUAGAUUAAUGUCAGACUUUUCCUGUCUGCGAGAACCAUGUCUUAGCAAUUGUUUCUGCAGCACAGUUUUAUUUGUCAAUAAAUUAAAGUUAUAAUUUCCGUUGAGUAACUUUUCUGAAAUGUGCUUGUGAGAUUUUGAGAGAAAAAAAAGAAUGUUUUUGUAAACCCACUGGCAUUAUUUCCACAAUUAUAGUUUUACCAUGUACUAAACUUUUUCAUUUUAAUGUAAAGUUUGAUCAAAUGGCAGAAUAACAGAUGUAACCUAUGAGUGAGCUUGUGAGCUUGUCUGCAGGGCUUUAUCUGUUAAGUGCUUGUAUUAGCAUAGAAGGGACACGGCAAAUUGAUUUUACUAGCUUUGGGUUUCUAAACCACUGGGCAACUGCUGCCUUGAAGGGUUUUGCAUCUAUUUGCAAUCUCUUCUUCUGGUGUAGUUUUCACACGUAUUUCCGCUCAUUUGUGUUCUUUGUGAUCUUUGAUCUAGCCAUAGGUAACCACACGCUAUCACCCCUAGAAAAAAAGACAGACCUCAUUUCUACAUGCCCUUUUAAUAAGGUCAGAAGUGAACAUUACAAUUUUAUCCAAAGCGACUUACAGUUAUAUGUCACACACCUCUGGAGCAACUAGGGAAGUGGCUUGCUUAGGGCUGCAUUGGCGGAUGUGUUGCAGAAUUAAACCUUGAUCUCCUACACCAAAGGCAUGUGUCUUAUCCGCUGCUCAAACGCAACCCCUUCCUAUCUGGCUGGUCGUCUUCUGCAUGUUGGAAAAUUCAAAGGAGUAAAAAAAGCAUCAUCACCCCAGAAAUAACUUGGUAUGGAUGACAAAAUUUAAUCCCAUUAGCAAUAAAACACUUUUAUCUUCAAUCUUAAUUCAUCCACCUAUUGCCUUGAUGUUUUACCCACUAGCUUCCUUAAAACAGUUUUGAGCAGCCUCAGAAUCUUGAACCUAUCUCGGACUCAGAUUUAAAUGUCAACAGUCACAUCAGUCACAUAAUCUUUAUCUGCUUACUACCAUCUAAAAAUAUUGCUAGAAUCAGACGAUGACUGUGCAAGCAAGAGUAGUAAGCAAAGGUUAGCUCUCAUGAACGCGCUUAAAUCGGGCAUCACAAACAAGGACCCUAUGAAAUUCAUGAUAUUACCUACAGUUAUCUAUAUACAACUAAAUUAAGUUAAGUAUAGUGUAUUAUAAUCCUUGUGCCUCAUCAAAAUGCAGGGAGAAAUAUCAAGAUUUUAAAGCAUAUAAUGCAGAGAAUCUUGCUUCCUCUUGUGUUGGAAUGACUGGGAAAUAUGGGUUGUGGGUGAUUCAGUGUGGGUCUAUGUAUGCUUUUACUUAACUUUGAUUAAACUGUCUUAUAGUAAAUAAUAAUGACAAUUAAACUUUCUCAGUAACAAGCUGUU